AUGAAGGCCUCAAUCAUCGCAUCUCUUCUCGCCGCCGGUGUUGCCCUUGCCGCACCCGCCCCCAUUUCCGCCUCCAACGUCGAAAAGCGCGCAGAACCUUCGAUCCUCGCCUGCAACGACCGCAACUUCAGCGGAUAUUGCCAAACCAUCUCAUCCCCGGCCAGCGAGUGCGAUAAAUGGUUGGUUGGCGAUUUCGACGAUCAGAUCAGCUCUGUCAGACCUGAUGAGAACAGCUUCUGCUACUUUUUUGUCGACCGCGACUGCUCUACCGACGGCGAUUUCUUCCAUGUUGGAUAUCCAGGUGUUGCGGAUCUCUCGGUGACGCCGGUUAAUGGCCCUGAGGGGAGCACCAGGGAUUUCGAGAACAAGAUCAGCAGCUACUUUUGUGUUCCUAAUGCGUAG